GCUAAUUAUAAGCCCGCCCAUAUCCAUCACCUGUCAAAAUCACGCAACAACAGAGCUAGGGCAAGGUCAAAAAUUUUCGACAAGCCUCGUGAUUUACGAAAUGGCAUGCAAAGUCCAAAGGCGAUGAUAAUUAUUGCCGUUAACCCGAUUAUGACAAUUCGCUUAGCUUAUCUUGCAGCGCCAUCUUCUGUGACGUAGUCACGAUCUUCUGGAAAGCAUCAAGUCGGCCCACUGUCAGAAGCAAAUUACAUGUGAUGUUCGGGUUGGACUACCAAAACCUCGGGCAUUAACAAAUCACCAACGGACUUCUCAACAAUCAGAUCAUAUCGUGAGAAAGAGUUUGCUUGCGUCACGCAAAUUGGAAAUGAGGAUAAAUUAAAGGAGUUGGCCGUGGUUGGCGAAGGUAUUCUUGAAAUAAUCAUCACACAUAAAUUCCACUAUAUUCCAACAUCUUAAACAUCAAUUCGCUAUUCGCUAUGUAUUACAGCAAAGGCAACUAUGAAGCCUUUGCGCGACCACUCAAGCCUGAAGGUAUUGAGUCCAAAAGAGCAUGGAUUGUCGGCUCUGGCCUCGCUGGUCUGUCAACCGCCGCAUUCCUUGUGCGCGAUGCUCAAAUGCCAGGAAAGAACAUCACCAUCCUUGAAGAACUGAAGAUCCCAGGCGGUGCCUUGGACGGCAUCAAAAAACCCGAGAAAGGGUUCGUCAUCCGCGGUGGCCGCGAGAUGGAAUCUCACUUCGAGUGCCUUUGGGAUCUCUUCCGUUCUGUUCCCUCGAUUGAGGAGGAGGGGGCUAGUGUUCUUGAUGAGUUUUAUUGGCUCAACAAGAGAGAUCCGAACUUCUCGCUCCAGCGCGCUACGAUCAAUCAAGGUCAAGAUGCAGAGACUGGGAAGCUGUUUACUCUGACCGAAAAGGCCCAGUCAGAGAUGACGAGGCUUUUCCUUGCUACUAGAGCUGAAGUUGAGAAUAAGCGCAUUGACGAAGUCUUCAGCGAAGACUUCUUCAAGAGCAACUUUUGGCUCUACUGGCAGACCAUGUUUGCUUUUCAGACCUGGCACUCUGCUUUGGAGAUGAAACUGUACCUCCAUCGCUUUGUCAACCAUAUCAAAGGCAUGCCUGACUUUUCGACCCUCAAAUUCACCAAGUACAACCAGUAUGAGUCUCUUGUGCUGCCAUUGCAUAAGUGGCUCGAGGAUCAGGGUGUUGUAUUUCAGUACGGCACCGAGGUUCAAGAUGUCGACUUCAACAUUGGGGAGAGUAAGAAGACUGCAAACUUCAUUCAUUGGAUCAGAGAUGGAGAGAAAGGUGGUCAAUCUCUCGGAGUAAACGACCUCGUCUUUAUGACUAUUGGUUCGUUGACGGAGAACUCUGGCUUGGGCGAUCAACAUACCCCAGCUAAACUACAUGAUGGUCCAGCUCCCGCCUGGGACUUGUGGCGUCGCAUCGCAGCCAAAGAUCCCUCUUUCGGCCGCCCAGAGGUUUUCUGUGACAACAUCCCUGCGACAAAGUGGAUGUCAGCAACUGUCACGACUUUAGACAAACGUGUUCCCGAGUAUAUCCAGAAGAUCUGCAAGCGAGACCCAUUCAGCGGAAGAGUCGUAACUGGAGGUAUCGUCACAGUCCGGGAUUCUAGCUGGAUCAUGAGCUGGACUGUCAAUCGUCAGCCUCACUUCAAGAACCAGCCCAAGGAUCAGAUUGUUGUUUGGGUCUACGGCCUUCUUGUCGAGAAGAACGGCGACUACGUUAAGAAGCCCAUGCAAGAUUGCACUGGCGAGGAGAUCACCCAGGAGUGGCUAUAUCACAUGGGAGUCCCAGAGAGCGACAUCCCUGUUCUUGCGGCUGAAGGCGCCAAAUGCGUUCCAGUAAUGAUGCCAUAUGUCACAUCUUUCUUCAUGCCACGAAAAGCAGGGGAUCGUCCCGACAUUGUUCCAGCCGGAGCAGAGAACUUUGCCUUCCUUGGGCAAUUUUCAGAGACGACACGCGAUACUAUUUUUACUACAGAAUAUUCCGUUCGUACGGCUAUGGAGUCGGUAUAUAAGCUUACUGGAGUGGACCGUGGUGUUCCAGAGGUAUUUGGUUCGACUUAUGAUGUGAGAGUUUUGCUUGAUGCAAUGUGUCAGUUACGAGAUGGCAAGGAAUUGGCGACGUGGCUGCCAGAGCGUAUUCGAAGGUUUCUUGUCAACAAGUUGGAAGGAUCACAGAUUGGCCAGUUGAUGCAUGAGUAUCAUCUUAUUUAGUUAAUUAUUGUCGCUUAGAGCAUAUGUAUCUAUAGAGUCAAAUAUUCUCGUUAUUAAAAUAUGGUCUGGUGGUAAAAUAUCUCGAGAUCGUAUAGCGUUUGAAUUCAACCUCCGUGAAGUAUGGGAGAUGAGUCCCAGCCUAAAAGCACC